AUGGAGCCAGGACCAACCAUCAAGUUCAAACUGAAUGGGGUAUCCAAAUCCGGGGCCGAUGUCGAUAAUUUCGAGCUCCAAGCUUGCUACCGCGCUCUCGACAACCUGCGAAGCUUAUUGUUCCAAGCACCGAUGCUGGACCUUCUCAAGGGCCAAAUCGAAGAAGGAAACCGCUAUUUUGAAUCGCUGAUUCGAGAAUCUCGAGGGGAAUUCCGAGAAUGCAGAACGUUCAUGAAAGUGAGCGGGGUCUCGGCGACAGAGCUGAGAACAAUCUGCAAGCGCUGGCAGCUCUCCAAGCCCCUCGAUGAGAUGGCACGAAUGUUUAUAUUCCCCACGCACCCAGAGAACUAUGUGGUUAUGCAUUCGCCAGGAGCUCCCACCCGAACGGAGAGAUUUCCCAAGUGGAUGGCGCGGCAGCGGGAGGAUGAGUAUGAAAUGGUGGAGUACUUGGUCGCGAAACUUGACAGCGGGAACAAGUUCUUCUAUAUCUUGAACGAAUUCAUGGAUACCGCGGAUGGUUGCAAGAUCAAGCUGCGGACGUUUUUCCCCUCUGCUUCACCCUGGUCAUUGAUCAGUCAACAUUCUGAGCAUCUUGCGGUCGAGUUCCGGAAUCUCGUUCAAAUGAUGCAUGGGGCCCUCGAGGAACUUGAAGACAGCUAUUGA